AUGAGUGGCAGUCUUGUACCGCCGAUAUCCAUAAAGACCGUCUUGACUUGUCUACUAUGGUACACAGUUUCAUCGAUCACGUCCCAAUUGACCAAACUCAUCUUGACUAAAUUCACAUAUCCGCUCUUCCUAUCUCAAUGCCAGUUUCUUAUCGGGGCCGCAUUGGCAGCGUUUGUUAUUGUUGUAGCCAAGUCGUUCCCCCAUGUUGAAGAGUAUUUCCCCGCGGGCAGCAUCCCGUCGUCCAAGCUGCGGACACAGCCAGUUCUAUCGUUUGCCAUGCUUUUAAAAGCGUUUCCCUUGGGCUUGUUUCAGUUUGUGGGCAAGUACUUUUCCUUGAGUGCCACGUCGUUGAUUCCUUUGCCUACGAUAUCCAGCGUGAAGGCAUUGAGCCCCUUGUUGAUUGUUCUUGGCUACCGCAUAAUCUACCACGUUGUGUUCCCUCCAGUGACGUAUUUAUCGCUAGCACCACUUUUAAUCGGCGUCAUUUUGAUCAUUACCUCCGACUCCGUUAAGAAUCCGCAUUCCACAACAAACUUGUUGACGAAUGAGAACCACGAGAUUGACAACAAGCAAGUGCAGGGUCUUGUCUUGUGUCUAUUGAGCACGGUGGUGUUUGCGGCUCAAAACAUCUACGGGAAGCAGAUUAUAACAUGGGACAAUGCCGACAAGAGCCACAAUCCUGCAUCGCUCGUGUUGAACACCGAGCCGUCCAAGCCCUCGACGCCAUUGCCUUCAUUUGAAUUUGAGAAAAACAACCACCACCCAAAAUCGCAAUUUGGCUAUUUCGAGCCAAAAUCAGCCAAUAAUAACGGCGAUUUUGCCCAAAAUAAUGCAAAGAAAUAUCUCCAUGUUCGACAGCGGAGCAAUUCUGUCCAUUUACCUUACUCGACAUCGGAUCUAACACUAGAUCAGAGAAAAGAAAACCAUUUGUGGACACCGCCGACGCUGCCGCAUUCUUUGAAUACCUACUCGGCUCCAACGUAUGCUCACACCGCGCGUGUGGGCAACACCAACGCCUACAAUCCGUUUGCCUACUUUAUCAACCGAUUCCAGUUGGACAAGGUGCCCAAGCCAGACAAGAUGACAAUCAUCUUGUACUGUUCCUUGAUCGGCUCCUCUUUUUCCAUUGGCGGGUUCUUGAUGAAUGAACUUCCCAAGAUGUACCGCCAGUUUGCCUUUGACUCCGACUUGGAGAAUAUCGUGGAUACAACCUCGGAUUUCCUUGCCAUCAUGGUGCUCAUUCUUUUAGAUAGCUUAUCGCAUUUCUUGCAAACGCUCUUGGCGUUCCACUUGCUCGGCUCGAUUCCAGCACUUUCAUACUCGAUCGCGUCCAUGAUGAAGAGAAUCGUUCUUAUCACGGUGAGCAUCAUCAUUACCUUGAACCACGCCACAGUAGUAGAUGGUGCCCAAUCUAUACAGUUGGGGCAGCUCACCACGGAGCAAAUUGUGGGCCUAGUUUUAAUUGCAAUCGGGCUAUACUGUUACGACAGGUGGGGUUCGCGUAGUCUCAAAUCGAAAUAG